UUUAGGUUUUAGAACAAAUCACUCAGUCAUGGUGGUUCUUCAAUUCCCUGCAAUUGUCGCUGUUUUGCUUGCAUUCAUAUCCAUAUACCACAUUCAACAUUCAAACUUCUGCAACGGAGAUGACGGUUCCACUAUCCACUGUCCAGAGGUGGAGAUGCGUGCACUUCUACAACUCAAAGAAGCACUGUAUGAUCCAAGCAACCGGCUCUCCUCUUGGUCCGGAGAUGACUGCUGCACAUGGCACGGUGUGGGCUGCGACGACCAGCUAGGGAGAGUCAUCAAACUAGACCUCCGGAAUCCCCAGCCACACACAGAUUCACCUUCUGAUGCUUCCUGGUCCUUGAUCCUAGUGGAGGAGAUAAGUUCAACACUGAUGACUCUCGAAUACUUGAACUACCUUGAUUUGAGCAUGAAUGACUUUCGAUCUAGUAUACCAGACUUCUUUGGAUCAUAUAAGAACUUGGGGUACCUGAAUCUCUCAGGUGCAGGUUUCUUGACAACAGUGCCACAGCAACUAGGGAACCUCUCCAGCUUACUCUAUUUGGAUCUCUCAUACAACAAUCUUGAUGUUGACGAUGCAUCGUGGCUUUCCCGUUUAACAUUGUUGCAGCACCUUGACAUGACAGGAACUAACAUUAGCAAUGCAUCAAAUUGGGCAGAAGCACUGAACAUGUUGCCUUACAUAAUGGAGAUUCACUUAUCUCAAUGUCAGAUUGCAAGCAUUCCUUACACCUUGCCACAAUUGAAUUUCACAUAUCUGUCUAUCCUCGAUCUUUCCAAUAAUCAAAUUAGUUCCACCUUACCAAGUUGGUUAUUCAAGCUAACUGCGCUGGAGUAUCUAUUUCUUGGCAAAAACUAUCUCCAUUCUUCGCUGUCAAUUGGGAACAUGUCCUACCUCAAAGUCCUCGACCUAUCUAACAAUCUCCUUGAAGGACCUCUUCCAUCCAUUAUUGGUGAAGCUUUUCCGAGUCUACAGACUUUCUUCCUAAGAGCAAAUUAUAUUGCUGGCAGCAUUCCAUCCUCCAUAUGUAAGUUAGAGCAGUUGAUUGUGCUCGAUCUCUCAGAAAACCAUUUGUCUCAUGAGCUGCCUAGCUGUUGGAAGAACUCUUCGGUUUUGCAGGUUAUAAAUCUGUCAAACAACAACUUGUCAGGAAAAAUUCCAAAAUCUAUCUGUUCUCUGACCUCCCUUGAGUCUCUGCACUUGAGCAACAACAACCUUUCUGGAGAGAUCCCUAACUGCGUAGUGACAUUGAAUAGUUUGGUCAUCCUUGAUCUUGGACUAAACAGGUUGGGAGGUUGCCUGCCAAGAUGGUUAGGAGAAAGAAUGCCAUGCUUGAAGAUUCUAAUCUUAAGGCAUAACAUGUUCCAUGGACAUAUUCCACCAUCAAUUGCAUAUUUUCAAGUUCUACAAAUUAUGGACCUCUCACAUAAUAAUCUGUCGGGCACAAUACCAACAAGCUUUGAGGACCUUAAUGCAAUGAAGUUUGCCCAGAAUACGAUAAGCUUCACACCUGGGUCUGAUAACUAUUAUACAGAUAGCAUCUCAGUAGUUACAAAAGGAAGAGAAUCACAGUAUGUAAAGAUUCUCUUACUUUUGACAGCCAUAGACCUCUCUUACAAUUACUUGUCAGGAAGUAUCCCUGAAGAAAUAACAAAUCUUUCUGGGCUGCAAAGCUUAGAUCUUUCUAAUAAUCACCUAGCAGGACAGAUAACAAUGAAGAUUGGAGGAUUACAAAAUCUGGAGUCUCUUGAUUUAUCACACAAUGAGUUAACUGGACCAGUACCUUCAACUUUAACGACUUUAGAUUUCCUUGGCUUCUUGAAUUUAUCAUUUAACAAGCUUUCAGGAAAGAUUCCAUCAGGCAACCAUCUAGAAACCUUUGGCUCAUCUAGUUAUAUGGGUAAUCCUGAUCUUUAUGGGUACCCCCUGAAUAAGGAGAACCAAGAUACCAAACCAUCUCAAGAUCCAAAUAACAUUGACACAGAUGUGGAGGCAGAAGAAAUGUUCUACUUCUAUCUUAGCUUGGGACCAGGAUUUGUGGUUGGCUUUUGGUCAGUAUGGGGUAUACUACUUUACAAACAAAAAUGGAGGUAUGCAUAUUUUUGCUUCAUAGACAACAUAUGUGACAAAUUUUAUGUUACUGCAAAAGUAAACUUUGCAAGAAUGAAAAUUAAGUUGUUCAGAUCAGAUCAAGGUUAUGGUUGUAACCCAUGAAACCAAAGGAGAAGUGUAAUAUUUCUUUAUCAAAUUUAUACUACAUCAUGGAUUUUCUUUAUGAAACCUUAUGGCAAGUUUGUAAAUUAUAACGAACUUGGAUUUUAUUAAAUUUCUCUUUCAUCAGUACCUAGAUCAUGGAACUUCUUUUUUCUUUUUGUUUGAGAUGAACUUAUCAUAACCUUGAGUGGUUUAUGGCAAAUGGACAUGAUGGGUCUGAAUCACAGAUAUAGUUAUCACUAAUUGGAAAUAUUAUGCUCAUGUUAUGAUAUCCAGCCACUGGGAGUACACUACUUCAAAUAUUGAUAAAAUAAAUCACAUUUUUUUAAAAACAAUUUAGAUAGCACUAAUAUGUCUUUUGGUUCUACUGUGUUUUCAGAUUAUUUAUUGAUGAUAUAUAUUAUAUCCUUAGAAGAGGGUUGUGGCAUUAAGAAUUCAAUGUCCUAUGUGUUUUCUUGCAUUAAAUAUUAAUAAAUAUGCAAAAGUAAGUCUAGAUAAUGUCUUUUAAAUUCCACAUCUGUGAUUUUUGUGCAUUAAAUAUCUACAUAUGCAAACUCAUGUUUUUGUUACUUAUAUAUAGGGAUCUUUUCAAGCCUUGUAAUGUGUAUGGGUGUGUCUUUUAAUCUCUUUCACUCAAAAGAGUGUCAUCCUCUCCAGUCAAUUUACUUCUCUUCUUCGACAAUCCUAGAUGUGGCAAUUGUGAGAUAGGGAAUGUUUGAUUAUAUUUGAUACAAAGGAAGCAGCAAAUAAAAAUAUCAAGACAGUGAUGAGUGUUUCAUGCAUCAGAAACCUAUUAGAACUUUGAUAAAUAAAACACAAGAAAGACACUAUUGCAUAUAUACUUGCCUUGAUCCAACAUGUAGUUUCAUUCUGAUGUGGGAACACCUUCUGUGACUCAAACAAAAUCAUGAAAACUUUCCUUUCAACAUUAUAAGUACAGUUUGUGAGUUAUAAGGAGAACAAAUAUCAGAAGCCCUAAAUUAUGUGGAACCCAGUACAUAUUGAAAUAUUGCACAAGAGGUCAUAUAAAUCUAAUGCUGAAAUAUGCCAAAAAAGAACAACAAUCUAAUGACACCACUAGUUGAAAAGGAAUCCCAUUCCUUUCAGAUUAAUCAAGUGGAAACUAUUUAUCAAAAUUAUUCUCCAACAUAGUCAGUAGUGUUAGUGACAAACUGCUAUAGCAUGCAUUUUUCAUUUUCAGACUCCAAUAGUAGAGAAUACAUGUAUGUAGUACAGGUUACACUAAAAAUGAUCAACAGACCAGAAAUUUGGCAUCAAAUCACAAUGCUUUACUUGGUGUUAAAGAGGGUCAACCUACAUGAUCCACAAAGAAGGAAGACUAAUAAACUAAGUUCCAAGCUGAACAACUCAACCCCUCAAGACCAUUACAGCAUCCUAGAAGAUUUUGCAGUUUCAUCUCUCAGUGACAGAUUCUCAGAAAUAUUCUGUGUAGAUAGCCCCUUGACAGCAACAAACGUUCAGGCAUUUACCUACAUAAUGAUUUCAUUUUCAAGCCCUAGUAUGUAUGAAAUUACCUGAACAAACUUGAUCAUUAUAAUAUGAAAUUACCUACAUAAUGAAUGAUCUCAUUCUCAGAAAUAUGCUUUAUGGUGCUUUUUCUAAACUUGAACAAAAUUAUAAUUUAAAUAUCUCUCUUAAAAAUUAUAAUUUCUUCAUAUUAGCUCUAUGAUGCCUCUUCCUUCAUAUUAGAAAAAAAAAAAGAACAUGAGAGAAUUAUAAAUUUUCCAUACCACCCUAUAAUUUCCAAUACAUAAUUUAAGAAGCAUUUGCUUGCAUAAAAGAGAUAACUAAAGCAUUGUCAAAGCCCCAGAGAAGCUUUGUUUACAAAAGAGGAUAAGUAUAACAUAAUAUAUUAUGAAGUUAGAUAAGUCACAUCAAGAUGAAGCCUUGAUUUUAGUAUAGAUAAACAACAUAGAUAUAUACGGAAUGAGAUUCUGCAACAGAGAAGUGCAUACUAAAUUAAAGUGGUGGUACUGAAGUGCAAAAAGAUUUACAACUCAAGUAUUCGAUGGAAAGAGAAGCUAUAAGGAUCAUGUAAAGAUAACAGUUCCCUGUGGACUGCAAUGACUAAUUAUAAUGGAUUGCAAUGUAAAAAGUGGCGAAAAAAGGAAAAAAAAGAUCUUGAUAUAUUUAAAAGUAAUAGUUUGACGGCAAUAGUGCUCUCGUCGUAAAUCGAUUGAGUUUAACGUUCAGUGCAAAUUGAGCAUAGUAUAAAGCUUGGGAAACGAAGUACGAAAGAAACUAGGAGGCACAAAACAGAGAAAGAAAGAAAGAAAGAAAGAAAGAAGGGCAAGAAAAUAAUAGCACCACUGGUGUGUGAACUCACUGCAAAGGGAGAAUU